UGCAGCAGCUUUAAGGUCACACUAUUUAUAAAGUUUAAUUAUGUUGAAAUUUAUAUAUCUAAAUACACAAUAUUUGCAUAUAUAUUAUUUCCGUACUUUUAUAUUGAUCCACAGUUGACCUAAUCUCCAAUAAAAGAGUUCCCCCUUGAAAAGAACAUUACACGAGAAAUCAGUUAAUAUUCGUUCCUAUCUGAAGGGUGUCGUAACACUUCCGCUAGCUGACGCAAGAACAAUCUUAGUUUUCUUCAAAUGAACACAACAUUCACCGUAAAUGUAAUUGCAACCACUCUUUUCCUUUACACCACUGAAAGAUAUAGAGAACUCUAAGCAAAGUCGUUCAGAAAAUCGAAAAUUUCCACGAAAGCUGACCCCACAACAAAAGAACAUUCGUUGACUUUCUUUAGAGGAGAGUUUAACAUAAAUCUUCGUUAAAUCUUUGAAUUCUACGUGUUCUCGGCCUCGUAAAACGACAGGAAAUAUCAUGGCAGCACUGUUAGGGCACAUGAAUUUUUGGAACGCCUCUGCACAAUCAGUUAUAGACGCAUUUACUGAAGAGCUAAAAGCCCCUGAGUCUCGAGGACAAGGGAAGAUUUUUGGCUUAAUCUACUUGUCAUUGUCAUUGAUAACUGUGAUGGGGAAUGCUCUUGUUAUCAUUGCAGUCUACAAAGACCCUUUGAAGAUCCUCAAAAACUCUCCAUCAAACCUUAUACUUCUGUCAUUAUCAGAAGCCGACUUGAUGGUGGGGUUAAUGGUUGGCCCCGGGGCAACCUUGUGGUUUUUCCGAAUUGGAAAGGCAGCUUCAUCUUUUGGAUACAUCAUUGUGGUACUUGGUUGUACGUCCUUGGUGGUGUCUGUCGGCAAUGUGUUGUUGCUGACUAUUGACAGGUACUAUGCGUUGGCGAUGCCUCUAAAAUAUCGAGUAAAAAUCACCAAAAAGACCGUCACGAUCGCAUCUAGUGUUAUAUGGGUGUUCUCUAUUUGUUAUGCAUUAGCAUUCGGCCUCCUGCCACAAUAUUUCCUCCUUAUGUGGUUUGUUUCUGUUGUUCUGCUAUUUAGUUGCUCUGAAUGCAUAAGUACUCUAUACCUCGUUACUCUGAAAAAUCUUUCUAAACACUCCCGCUCAAGAAUAGUGGUUAGUAAUUCACUGCUAAGUACAGCUUUGGCCUAUCAGAGGGAGAAGAAAGUUUUCAAAGUUAUCCUUUCAGUUAUUUUUGUAUUUUACGUCUGUUUUAUCCCAUGGCUGGGAAAUCAGUUCCUGAUAUAUUUUUGCAAAUCUUGUCACACUCAUCGCAAAACGGUGCUAGUUUUCUCCCAUGUAACACAAGUGUUUGCUUACUUCAAUUCUGCUUUGAAUCCAGUGUUAUAUGCCUGCAGGUUUGCAAAAUUUCGAGCCACGUUUAUGUAUUUCUUAAGAAAGUUUCUUCCGCGUAGAGGAAGCAAAAAGACAGUUCGAAUAAGUGAAAGAAGGCAAGCGAAUGUUGCACGUCUAUAAGCCGGGGCAUCUUACAUUUACAAUUUUUGGUCGAUGAAUCAGGAGCAUGAUUCUAAUUCAAAAUUUUCAAUUGUGUUUGUGGUUAUUACGUAGGCAGGUGUUUAGUGUAAUGAGAUUAUAAUGAGAAAAUCCAAAGACGUUUUGCUAACAAAGCGCGCUGACAUAGCGGAGGUUCGGUUUUCUAUCGACUGACCGGGGGUUAUCCGUGCCUUUCUCUAAAAGCAAUGCAACAGAAAAAAAUGUCAGGUGUCGGCUCACUGGCAACGCUGGAGGUAAACCCUGAGCAUCAUGUUCAAAGAGUAGUGACUGAACAAACGAAGAUUGUCUUCCUUCAGUUGAAUACUACUAGCUCCUGUUUUUAUGUCUUAAGACUGGCCUGAAGGAAAAAUUCUUGCAGAGAAUGAUAGCAAGAAACAAUGAAAAGACAUAACACUAAUCUAGAUUGUGUUAAUCUUGCUAAAUUGAAAUUGUAACUGAUUUACAUCGUAUUAAAUUUUCAUCAUAAAUUUUUCUUUGCUUGCUUGUCAUCUUCCUUCUAUCCUGCUUCAAGUCUAGUUCAUCUCUAGUUCUCAUUAAAUCUUUUUUCAUCUCCAAAUUGUUAACACCGACCGCGCCAGGAUUACCUAUAAAUAACACUCUCUUCCUUCUCAAAUUUAAAGUAGCAAUUGGUAUCAACAGAGAUGUCUUCCUAUUUUCGACUGCCAAUGCAAGAGCAAAAUUGAUUCUAUAUUGAUGUCAAAUCGA